UGUGAUGCGAAGCGUUUACGUCUAUCAAUAUUGCGGCACCUAUAGAACUAUAUUUCCCACAAUGCAUAGCGGCGAAUUUUGCGUCAUCUCGAGUCAGUUGCUGUGCAAGAUGGCGUCGCUGGGAAGGAGGCGCGGUGUCCCAGUCAGCAGGGAGAGGGGAGUGAUGGCGGCCACAGAGUGUUACAUCGUCCACGAGAUCUACAAUGGCGAGAAUGCUCAGGAGCAGUUUGAGUACGAGCUGGAGCAAGCUCUGGAGGCUCAGUAUCGUUAUAUCGUGAUCGAGCCCACGCGCAUCGGAGACGAGACGGCCCGCUGGGUAGCCGUCGGAAACUGCCUGCAUAAAACCGCCGUACUGGCAGGGGCCGCGUGCCUCCUGACGCCGCUCGCUCUUCCCGCUGACUACUCCCGUUACGUGGCGCUGCCGGCUGGCGCUCUGAGCCUCGCCUGCGCCACCCUCUACGGCAUCUCCUGGCAGUUCGACCCCUGCUGCAAAUACCAGGUGGAGUACGACAGUCAGAAGCUCUCGAGGCUGCCCCUGCACACGCUCACCUCCUCUACGCCAGUGGUUCUGGUUCGACGGGACGACGUGCACAGAAAGAGACUGCACAACACGAUAGCGUUGGCGGCCCUGGCGUACUGUGCCAAGAAGAUCUAUGAACUGUACGCUGUAUGAGCUCUUUGGCACAUGCGCACACACAUGCCGACAGAUACUGAUAUAUGCGUACACAUAUACACACACGUGGCAAGGAGGUGAGAAGCACUACUUUACACCCAACACUGGCAGAUACACACAUACCCGAACAUACACACGAAACAAUAACGUACGGAUGGACCGAUGGAGAGAGUGAUUGGAACAAAAGAAAAGAACAAGUGGCAAGACAGAAUCAGCGCUCUCUCUGUCACAAUUUUUCAUCGUUUUGGUUUCAACCGGUUAAAGAUUGGACAGACGGAUGGAUGAUAGGAUGUUUAAGGAGAUGGGUUGGGGGGAGCUUAUACAUACUAGAAUAAAUCUUCCCUUUUUUCUGUACUUUAAAUGAUCUCACCAGUGCACUUGAACCUCCUUCCCAUUCCUUUUCUGCGCCUGUCCAGCCCCUCUCCCCAUCCCACGUCACCUGCCAUCCACACGGAGCUUCCGCGCCUGGGCAGUGACCUGUCGGACUGUACGUGUGGUGGACAGACAGAUAUGUUUUAAGAAUGACCUCUCUUUUCUCCCUCUGUGUAGUUUUACUGUACCCUGCCUUUGGUGCGUCACCUUUUCAUUAAACAGUAGGAGAUUUAACCUCAA